AUGGCAAACUCACCAAUAGGUAACAUCGCUUCUCUCCAGGACAAAAUCGCACUCAUAACAGGCGCCUCCUCCGGCUUGGGGAGGGCUAUCGCGCAAGCAUACGCCGCGGCGGGAGCAUACAUCGUCAAUGCAGACUUGGGUCCGACUCCACCCGCCGCCCCGACUAUAGAGCAGAUCAACAAGGCGGAUUACACCACGCCGACCGUCGACCUCGUCAACAAGAACUACCCUAGUACCAAGCCCGAUGUGGACAGGGCAAGUUAUGUCAAAUGCGAUGUCACGGAUGAAGAGUCCGUCAAAGGGGCCGUGAAGUUUGCCGUGGAACGGUAUGGACGCCUGGACAUCAUCGUGAAUAACGCUGGAAUAUCUGCCGAAUCUUCAUCGCCUUCCUACGACGGCACUUUCAAACGGAUCCACGAAACCGACGUUUCUGUCCUGGACAAGACCCUCGCCGUCAAUGUGAGAGGUGUCUGGCUUGGGACGAAACAUGCUGUCGCGCAAUUUCUGGCUCAAGAGCCGCAUCCUACCUUUGGCCGGUCAGGCUCCGAUGUACACAGAGGCUGGGUCGUGAAUUUAGCCAGCAUCCUAGGCAGUGUCGGACUGGCAGGCGGUUCAGCCUACAGCACCAGCAAAGGCGCGGUGAUGCAACUCACCAAGGCCACGGCCCUCGAAUAUGCCAAGGACGGGAUUCACGUUAACGCUAUACAACCGGGGUUCACGGAUACGCAUCUGCUCGAGAAUAUGUAUGCUCGUGGUGAGAAUGUGGGACAGACGCUCAGCUCUUUACAUCCUUGGGGGCGGACAGGACGACCUGACGAUAUUGCGAGGGCAGCGGUGUUUCUUGCUGGGGAGGGUGCGGGUUGGAUCACGGGAACGUCCAUCGUUGUAGACGGGGGUUAUCUCGCGCAGUAA